AUGCUGGGUUUCCUCCCAGGGUCGUUUAAUAAAGGCUCGCCGCAGUCGGCUCUCAUUGUCCACAGCCUCAUUUCAACAAACUGGUCCAGCAAGUUAUUUGUGUGUUGGACUCACAGAGCUCCACAUAUCGAUCCGCCGGCGUACCUGCCGCACGAACUGCGCCUUUGGCAGUGUUUCGGAGACAGUCUUCGGUCACAGCUAUGGGCUCCUUCACCGCCUUCUUCUCCCUCCUCGUCCUGUGCGUCGGACUCGGUGGAUGUAAACCCUCGUCGUCCUGUCCGAGCGGACAAUUUAUGCUCAAAAACCAAUGCGUUCUGUGUCAUCCCACCUGCUCCGAGUGCGACGGGCACGAGCUGUAUGAAUGCACUACCUGUGGAGUUUAUGAAGAUGGACAGGAGCGUUUCCUCCACCAAGGUCGCUGUCGGACAAACUGCCCCCGGGGAUUCUAUCCUGACAGGGGUCACUAUGCCUGCCUGCCCUGCAUCACCAAUUGUGAACUCUGCACAGAUGGCAACAUAUGUGCCAAAUGUCGGGAACACUACAAGCUCCAGAGUGGAGUCUGCCAAACAGCGCUGUGCGACAAAGGUGCAGGACCCCGAUACGGGAGAGUGUAUCAACUGUGAAGCCGGCUGCAAAACAUGCUCCACAGAAGACCCUGAGAUCUGCAACAGCUGCGCUCAAGGUUACUUCCUAUUCAGACACCAGUGUCGCAGACAUUGUCCCCAGAGCACCUAUGAGGACCACGGCAGGGGGGUGUGCCUGGCCUGCCCGGGGCCGUGUGAAGACUGCAGGAGCAACACAAACUGCCUCGCCUGCCAGCCAGGAUACUUCCUCAACGGAAGGGAGUGUGUAAAACAGUGUCCAGCACAAACCUUCAGCGACUCCAGUGGGUGGCGCUGCCAGCUCUGUCACAGGUCAUGCCAGACGUGUCACGGACCACAUUCCACAGACUGCGAUCUGUGUGUCGGCGGGAAUGUUGCUCUGCAUGGUCAGUGCCCUCAGGUUAGCUGCCCACCGGGACAGUACCUCGAUGGGAAAUAUGGAGAAUGCCACACAUGCGAUGCUUCCUGUAAGGCCUGCUUUGGCCCACAGGACUUAGACUGUUCCUCUUGUUUCACAGGAUAUUUUCUGGACCAGGACAGCUCUUGUGUGGAGCAUUGCCCCUCCGGUUCCUAUGCAAACCCUGCCACUCAGCUGUGCGAGGACUGCUCGCCUAACUGCGAGGACUGUGUGGACACCAGCGAUAACUGCAUCAGCUGCUCCAAAGGCAGCAACAGGCUUUUCCUCCACCAGGGGAGGUGCUGGUCGAAUUGCCCAGAAGGGUUUUUUGAGAGUGCGGAAGGGCUGUGUGAGGCCUGUGACAGCUCCUGUGUCACCUGUGACGGGACCAAGUGGCAGUGCCUGUCCUGUGCUGACGGCCAUUACUUAGAGAGCGGCGCCUGCAGCCUGAACUGCUCUCUGCGGACGUACCCGGGCGAUGAUGGCACCUGCAGACGUUGCCCCCCCCACUGUGACGUUUGCUCUGACGACAGGACCUGUUUCAAGUGCACUUUCCUUUACCUGAUGCUCAACGGUGUGUGUAAGGCUAGCUGUCCCGUGGGCUAUUAUGAGGACAUGGAGGAGGGCCGCUGCACUCAGUGCCACCCUACCUGUGGCAGCUGUUCGGGGCCCUUGGCAGACGACUGUGAGACCUGCUCAAACUUCAGUCCCCAGCUGUAUAAAGGCGCAUGCCUCAAGGACUGCCCCACCGGUACUUACUAUGAGGCAGCUGCACAGGAGUGCCAAGAGUGCCACCAGACUUGUAUUAGCUGUGCUGGCCCAAAUCCAAAUCAGUGCAUUCAGUGCGAGAAGGGACUGGUGCUGGAUCCAAACUCAUUACUGUGUGGAGUCACGGGGGACACAGAGUGCCCCCCAAGAACCUACCUACACGAUGACCAGUUCACAUGCAUGGGCUGCCACCAGCACUGUCACUCCUGCGAGGGGCCAGGCAGCUCUGAAUGCCAGACCUGCGCCAUCCCCCGAUACCUCCACAACAGCACCUGUGUGAGCGAGUGUCCAGCUGGGACAUACUCCGCAAGGCAGGAAGCUAAUGGACAGGACCUGGGAUUCUGUUUGCCAUGUGAUCACGUUUGUUCAACUUGCAGUGGGGCAUCGUCAAGAGAUUGCCUGUCUUGUUCCCCAGGAUACCUGCGGCUCUUUCAGCUCUGCGUUACCCAUUGUCCCACAGGGUAUUACCGGCAGGAGUCCCACUGUCAGAAAUGUGACCCAUCCUGUGAGCUGUGCACAGGCCCAGGGCCUGAAUCCUGCAGAGUCUGUCUGCCUCCUCUCCUGGAGCUGCAAGGGACCAAGCUUUGUGUUGAGCGCUGCCCAGAGCGCUUCUAUCAGCUGAAAGACAUCUGUAAACAGUGCCACACCAGCUGUCGAACGUGCACAGACUCCUCACCUCAAGGCUGUGUGACAUGUGACCCGGGCAGCACUCUCAAGAACAAAGUUUGCUAUCCGCGUUGUGAGGAAGGCCGAUACUUUUCUGAAGAGAGACGCUGCGAGCCCUGUGACGGCUCCUGCCGGCACUGCGCCGGCCCCAGACCUGACCAGUGCCUGACCUGUCACGGGAGCUUCGCUCUUCACGCCGUGGAGAACCGCUGUGCCCGCUGCUGUCGGGGAGCAGGCAACGACACCGAUUGCUGUGUUUGUGACAGCCGCUCAGCACUCUGUGUGGAAGCCCCGCAGCCAAAGUCCGGAGGCAGGCAGGAGACGGACAUGACCACGUCCUCCGGGGCCCUGCAUCACACGUCGGCCGCCCUGCCCAUCGCCCUGCUGCUCGCAGCGGGUUUGGCCCUGGCCGUGUUCGCCUUGAUCAAGGCCCACACCAGGAGGAGGCUCUGCUGGAGCCAGAGCUACGAGAGACUGAGCGGCAGCGCCGGCAUCAGCAUGCCGCACGGUGUGCCCGAGCCCGACAGCGGAGACGAGGUGGACGUGGUGUACACCAGCCGGGGGGGGUCGGUGUACAGACGCUACAGCUUCAUUCAUGAACAAGACACCGACGCCGACCAGGAUGUGGAUGAAAACACUUGUCUCAGCCAAAUAAACCGCAGUGAAGACCAGUUCACCUGUGCUGGUCUCACCCCAAGCAAAGGAAUGACGUAUCAAAUGUUUAGGAAGGGAAGGAUAUGGAAGAUUGUCCUUUUCAUUCUCGUGGGUAUGUUCUUCUCUUUUGUUUAUUGGAAAUUGGCUCCUAAGAGACUGUCACGUGUCAAUACUCUCCAGCAGUUCUCCAGUGACCUGCCCGGUUGUCUGGCUGUCAUCAGGGGGAGUGUGGAGGACAAGACGUCAAGGGACUUUGAAGCGCUCCUUGCAACCAGAACAAAACAGGCUCUUUUUUCCGAGGAAUUCUACCUCAAUGAAACAAAGGACUGUCACGGCUACAUUAAAAGAAGAGGUUUCAUUACAGUGCCUCUUAGUGAUGAAGAGAAUCAGUUUCCUAUUGCAUACUCAAUGGUGAUCCAUGAAAAGAUUGAGAUGUUUGAACGACUCCUGCGAGCUGUGUAUACCCCUCAGAAUACUUACUGUGUACACGUGGAUCAGAAAUCUCCCUCGAAAUUUAAGAGAGCUGUGGAGGGAAUUGUAUCCUGCUUUCCAAACGUAUUCAUAGCCAGUAAACUAGAGACAGUGACAUACGCCUCAUGGUCCAGAGUACAGGCAGAUCUGAACUGCAUGAAGGAUCUGCUGACAUCUCCGGUCCACUGGAAGUACCUUCUCAAUACCUGCGGGACAGAUUUUCCCAUCAAAACAAACAGAGAGAUUGUGAGGACCCUGAAAGUUCUCAAUGGGAGAAACAGUAUGGAAUCAGAAACCACUCCUGAGCACAAGAAGCUCCGCUGGCAGUUCCAUUACAACGUCACUGGCUCCGUCGUCAAUUCAGGUAUCAAGAAGACGCCGCCACCCAUAAGCAGCCCCAUGUUCUCUGGAAACGCCUACUUUGUGGUCACUAGAGCCUUUGUGAAGCAUCUGAUGGAGGACACAGUGGCGCAACAUUUUCUGGAGUGGGAGAAGGACACAUACAGCCCAGACGAGCACCUGUGGGCCACUCUACAGAGAAUGCCAAACGUUCCAGGAUCGUUGCCGGCUGAUAGCAAGUACCAGACGUCUGACAUGCAGGCUUUCGCUCGGGCUGUGAAGUGGAGUUAUUUGGAGGGGGACGUGAACAAAGGGGCCCCGUACAACCGGUGCACGGGGUCCCACAGAAGGGCCGUCUGCGUGUAUGGAGCUGGUGACCUCUCCUGGCUCCUGAGACAACAGCACCUCCUUGCAAACAAGUUUGAUCCAGGAAUUGAUGAUAUUGCCAUCCGAUGUCUGGAGGCCUGCUGUGAGGGCGCGUCACUCUGGAACAGCGGCAGCAGCCACCUCCACCUUGCCGUUCACGUCCUGGUCGAUCCUGCAGACACAGGCAGCCGUCAGGACGCGGAUGGCACUGGAGCACUCAGUCCGUGCACACAGGCAGGAUCAGAUAACUACACCGAGCACCAACGUCCAGCUCCGUACUUUCAUCCAGCUCAUCAGAGAGAACAGAGCCUUCGCUGUGGUCUAAUUUCCACUCCUUCCAUUCUUAAACGGGCCUCUGUGGUGGCCACGGAUUCCUGCCGCUCCAGGCUGGAAAAGAAGGUCCACAAA